AUGUUUUUUAUUGGACGACGCUUACUUAGAAACGCUUUUUCAAACGACGACGGGACAGACCUCAAGGAUCAGACAGACACAGACACAGACGUGAUGAUGGAAAAGGAGACCCCGCAAAACGCGACGACGACGACCUAUUCAAAUACCAAACGACGAGUGGAAGAGAGCAAUCGGAUGUACGCGAGGAAAGUCGAAGAAGACGCGAAAAAGAUGAGGGAGAAAAAAAAAGCGCAACAACAUUCAGAUGCUGCGGGUGUUAAAAAAUCAACUCGACAGCGCUUCGAUGGUAAAGGAUACGACGAGGAUCUUUCUUCUUCGGAAGCGUUCGAGAGACGAAUCAAACGCGAGUGCGAGAAAAUACUGAAGCGUUUAAAAUCGUCGUUUAAUACGACGUCCUAG